AUGUCUUCUCAGAAAGAAGAACAGAGAAAGGAACAGGCUCCGCAUGUUCAAGAUGAAUUAAAUCAUCAUCAUCAUGAUGAUUAUGAAUUUAAUGAUUCCAUAAUUCAAAAUUUUAAAUCACAUGAAAAUCCGUUAUUGAAGAAAGUUGGGAAAUUAGAAAAUGAAAUUAACGAAUUGGAUAAAACUCUUGAAAAUUUUGAUCAUGAUAAUUAUUCUCUCUAUCGAGAAGAUCAAUCUUUAUUUGAAAAGCUUUCAAUACGUGUAAAGGAACACUUUAGAUGGGAAAAGUUUUAUUCUUCGACCGAUUGGAAACUAAAGUCUUAUCUUCAAGAUGUGUGCCCAUUAGAAUACUAUGAUGAACGUCUCAAAAUAUGCAUGGAUAAGAGUAUUUUCAAUCUUCUAAAUGUGAAUAGAGCUUGCAGAUCUGAGUUAGAAGAAAUGGAAAAUUGUGUUAGAUUGAGAGACAGAUUCUAUACUGAAUAUAAAAAGUGGGAGAAGGAUAAAGUCACUGAAAUGAGAGAGUCUGCAUUUUAUCCUGGAUCAGGAGUGACAGCAAAGCAAUAUCAACAGUACAUGGAGAAUGCUCAGAAACAAUACAACCUGCUCAUGGACAAACUCGACAAGGACAUUUCACAAAACUCUGACAUUAAGGAAUAG